ACCUCUCCUUGUUUUCCCCUUUUCCUUCUUUCCCCAACUCCACUCUCCCCAGUAGAGAACCCUAAACCCCCAUCCCAAACCUUGACGCCGGCGAUCUCCGCCGCCGCCGCCGCCGCCAUGUUCGGGACCCCAUCUACCACUCCCGUCUUCGGGAACCCCUCCACCACCCCGGUUUUCGGCACGCCUUCCACCACCCCGGCAUUUGGCGCGACAUCGUCCACCCCGGCCUUCGGCACCCCCUCGUCGACGCCCGCCUUCGGGACCCCGUCGUCGACGCCAGCGUUCGGGACCGCUUCCACGACCCCGGCCUUCGGUGCAUCGACGUCGGCGCCAGCGUUCGGGACCGCUUCCACGAGCUCGGCGUUCGGCUCGCUCAACUUCGGGACGCCCUCGUCGACCUCAGCAUUCGGCACGCCAUCCUCGGCUCCGGCGUUCGGCGCGCUGAAUUUCGGGACGCCCUCGUCGACCUCGGCAUUCGGCACGCCCUCCUCGGCGCCGGCGUUCGGCGGAACUCCUUCGCCCUCGCCCUUUGGGUUCCAGCAGCAGCAGGCGACGCCGUCCCCGUCGCCGUUCGGCUUGCUAGGAGGUGGCGGCGCGCAAAUCACCACCCAGAUGGCCCCCGUCGCGCCGCUGCCGCUCUCCCCGUCUGACCGCGACAUCCAGGCCAUCGUUGAUGCGUACAAGGAGGACCCCGGUAACCCCCGUUAUGCUUUCAGGCAUCUGUUGUUCAGCGUGACAGAGCCUUCCCAAAGGGUGAAGCCAGUUGCUGCAUCAGAUAUUAUGUGGGCAGAAGCAAUGGGGAAACUUGAAUGCAUGGAUAGCGCAGAUAGGGAGAGGCUCUGGCCUCAGCUUGUGCAGGGUUUUAAAGACCUUUCCCAUCGGCUUAAGCUUCAAGACGAAGUCCUUGUUUCAGAUACUGAUAGAUUGAGCAUGACUCACUCUAACGUCAAAAAGCUGCAAAGGCAUUUCCAAGCUGACACGUAUCCAUGGAUCCAACGAUUGAAGCAACAAGAGCUGGUUAUUCAGAGACGUCUUUUAAGGUUUGUUAGAAUAGUGGAGGCGUUGGAGAAUCGGGGUUACCGCAGUCCUUUAACAAAGGAGGAAGCUGACUUGUAUGAAAGAUUGGUUGCUAUAUUAAAGCGGCUAAAAGGACCUAGUGCUGAUCUGUCUAAGAGGGUUAAUACACUUCUUUCGACGUCACGUCUUCUAGCUAGCACUGGUGGUGCUGGUGGUUCUGUUUAUAUUCCUAGUUCAGCCAAAGUUGAUGAACGGAGUGUUACAGAGCUUCUUGAGGCCUUACAACUACAAACAGAGGCAGUUGCCAAGCUAGGUAACGUGUUGAAGAGGGAUAUCAGGGACCUCGAGAUCAUCCAGUCAGAAGACACGGAUAUGGCUGAAGACAGUGUGGGGAGAAGGGCACAGAAAAUAUAAGAUCGUCUUUGUCGAAGCUAGUAAUAAGCAGAGGAUGAUGGAUAGACUCAUUAGAAGGAUCCGAGCCUCCCAACUGAUUUGGAGCAUCGACUAGACGAAUGACGUCCGUGUGUAACUGCUGCAGGCAAGCUUGACUCAGCAUUCUUUUGGAAGCUAACCAUGGUCAGGUAGUAGUUUGUAUGUGUAGAUCCUGUGUUGAACUGAGGCGGUAUUCUUAGAACUCAGCUUUCUCCUCGCGCCAACUACAUUUUGCAGUCCUGUUUUCUUGCUCACCGUGAUCCUGAUGAGCUGUUGUAACCCCCUGUUUCCAUGAUCAUGAGUGGAUGUAAUGCUUGUAAAAUACAUUUCGGAUUUUGUACAUCAAUCUUGGCUGUAGGCGGCCUUGCAUA